CGAUUUACUUUUUUAACAGCUAUAGUUUCCGUUAGCAGCCUUUAUUAUCGCCAAUAAAAUCUUUAAAAGCACACAACUCUUCAUUUUCGGCAUGAAAUGUGCAGACGCACGUCUUCCUGUUUUAUACAGGUCUGAUAAGCUUCAGGAAGCAAUAAUGUUAAGCGAUGGAUGUUUAAUUAGUUCUUGGUCCGGAGAGGUUAGGCGGCGUUGGAUGUGAUUUCUUGGUCUCGCGGCUGUAAUACGACUUUAUGGCCUGAAUACUUGCGUCAGGGAAAAUAAACACACGUGUGUGAUACAGCAUGAUGAAUAGCUUAGGCUUCGUUAUUUUAUUCCUGCCUUUACACUGUUUCAAUCUGAACCUUAUUUGUUUUAAGAGAUGAAGCUGGUUAAUUUAUUUAUUUUUUAUUUUUUUUCUAAAUUAUUAAUUUUAUUUAGACUCUGAGUAUGGAGUCUUGGGUAGUCUCACGGGCAACAGAUGGCACUGUAUGGUUAUGUAAGGACCCCCAUCUGUACCGUGAGCCUUAAAUGGUUUGUGUGAGAGAGAGAAGGAGAGGAUGAGCGAGUUUAAGUGUCCUGCACUAAUGCAGCACACUUCAUCUGAGAUGAGAGUGAGUGUUACACAAACAAACAGGCUAGCUGAAGUUUUCACAGAUCAAAGGGACAGUUGGUCCUGGACUGUCAGGACCCGGGACGUCCACUGACAGCUGCAUCAGAUCCUGACAGACCCCUUAGGCCGCAGUGAGAAGCAAGCGACAUGGACGGGUUUUACGACCAGCAGGUCCCCUUCAUAGUGCCCCCCAGUAAGUCUCACAUGCAGGAACCAUCUUGCAGGCCAUUCAGUGACCGAAAAAGGAAGUUUGUUGACACUGAGUUGGCACAGGAUACAGAGGAGCUCUUUCAAGAUCUGAGCCAGCUACAAGAGAUUUGGAUAGCAGAAGCCCAGGUACCUGAUGACGAACAGUUUGUUCCAGAUUUCCAGUCGGAUAACUUGAUGUUCCAUGGACCCCCUCAAACAAAAGUAAAGCGGGAACUGAGCCCAAGCAGAGAGUUUUCCCCAUGUGGACAAGAGCAGAGACUGUCUCCAUAUGGAGAAAAGUGCCUAUAUAACUACAGUGCCUUCGACAGGAAGCCAUUUACUUUUAACAAGCCACUCACUCCUCCUUCUACACCGGCAUCACCCUUUGGCUCCUCCACCAGCACAGCAACAAACCCUGUGCAAAAAAGAGUGAUGCCACCAGCCCAGACUCAGACGCAAGGCCCGCCACUAUUACCUGGUCCCAACCACAUCUCCACACCUCCACAACAGAGAGCACAGACUCCACUCCACAGUCAGAGCCCACCUUUUGCUGUGCCCUGCCCACCUGGCAAUCACCCAGAUGCCUCCUACAGCACAGACCACAGGUUCCAUCGGCAGCUUUCCGAGCCCUGUCUGCCAUUCCCACAGUCCGAUGGCCACUGUCAGACACCAUACCCCCCGCAGGCCCGUGGCCAUUUUCCCAGACACAGCCGCCCCCCUUAUCAGCGCCAGAUGUCAGAGCCGUUAGUGCCAAUGCCUCCCCAGGGAUUUAAAAAGGAAAUGGUGGAUCCCUGUUACAAUGAGCAGGGCUUGCAAAACAUGGGACCUCCUCGUGCACCGUUGUUCCACCAAAUGUCAAUCAAACAGGAGCCCAGAGACUUCGGCUAUGAUUCAGAAGUGCAGAACUGCCAGUCAUCUUUUGGCAAAUCGGCACACUUCUAUGGAUCUAACAGUGAGGGUUUUGGGUAUGACGGAGAAUCCCACCUGUAUUAUGAUGAUGCAUGUUUAGUGCCAGACCGCCUGGAGGGAAAGCUGAAGCAGGAGGGUGGAGUUUUCCGGGAGGGUCCUCCGUAUCAACGAAGAGGGUCUCUGCAACUCUGGCAGUUCCUGGUCACUCUGCUGGAUGACCCAUCCAACAGCCACUUCAUCGCUUGGACUGGCCGUGGGCUGGAGUUUAAACUCAUUGAACCAGAGGAGGUCGCUCGCCGUUGGGGCAUCCAGAAGAACAGGCCUGCGAUGAAUUAUGACAAACUGAGCCGCUCCCUGCGCUACUACUAUGAGAAGGGCAUCAUGCAGAAGGUAAAGGUUGCUGGAGAGCGGUACGUGUAUAAGUUUGUGUGUGAUCCCGAUGCGCUCUUCUCCAUGGCAUUCCCUGAUAACCAGAGGCCCAGUCUGAAAGCAGACCCCGAUGGGCUGCAGGUUCCAGAGGACGACACUGUUCCGCUCUCACAUUUUGAUGAGAAUAACAGUGUCCCGUAUCCAGGCGAUGCCAGGGACCAGUGCUUAGUGGGGCCGUCCUUUCCAGAAAAUUACGCUUUCUGAACUGUUUUAUCACAGAUGGGCAGACCAGAAGAACUCUAAAAUGCAUCCUCACACUCCAAAUGCAGCUCAUGUCAAAUUGUAAUCGCUCCAAUGUGGAAUCUGUAGCGCCUGCUGACAAGUCUCUAGACUUUCUUGCCACACUUUUGUUUGUUUGUUACCACACAGGUUCCAUGAUGGAAUUUUUUUUUAAAUUACAAACAAAAAAACUUAAAGGGACACAACAGUAUUUUCCAGUAUAACCUAUGAUUUUAUAUAUAUAUAAAUAAGUGUAUAUUUUAAAAUAUGGCUUUUGUGCACUGCUUUCUUUGUGUAUUGGGCCUGGUGUCUUUUUUAAUGCUCUGCUUUAGUGAGAUUUGUAACUUCUGACAAUGCAUAAUGAUGCACCUCAGGCUGUUGUUGUCAUUAUCAGAGUGUAUAUAGCAUUGAUUAUAAUCUGGAAAAAUACACAAUUUUUCUCCAGUUGGCCAAGUAAAAUGCUUUAUAACUGUUCAGAAAUAGUUCAAUUGCUUUUGUAAUGUGAUUUUUAUGGAUAUGGGGUGGGGUAGAAUGGACAAAAAGAGGGUAAGGAAAUUGAAAACUGAAAUCUAUGUAUAUUAUGAAUAUAUUUUUGCAAAAGCUGAAUUGAAUUACAUUGUAUAAGCUGUACAACAGACUUUUAUCACUUUUAAUCUGUUCUUUUUGUAUAGUGGUGCAAGUGUGAAAUUGCAAACCAGCUCUUGAUAUAGGGAAAAAUCAAGGCUGGAAUGUCUGAUCCAGGAUCAGUCAUGCUUGCGCGACCUUCAACCGUUUACCAAAGGAUUAUAGCGAGGCUGUCUGAUCUCUGCUCAGUAGUAAACAAGCAUGGCAAGAAGCUCUUUCCUCCUUCACUGUCAAACUUAUUUGUCCGUACUGGGUACAACAGACCCCUAGUUUUGUUUCACUGUGGAUAAAACUCAUUGUCUUUUGAAGACUAUCUCUUUCAUUAAGAAUUUUCAAGUACAGUUUUGGUGUACAAUUACAGGUCUGUAUUUUCUAAACUAUAAGGUACAGGAUAAAUAAACGUCCAUAAACAGA